GGCAGUUCGGCCGCCGAAACCAUAGACGGUAUCCACACUGACACUUUUAUCCGGGUGUUUUUCAACUGCAAGUAACAAGUGACCUACCAGAGGAGCAUAAUGUCUACCCCGGACCGUAGCAUCCAGCAGUGUGUUGGGCCUGAUCUUGAGAAUAUCGAGGUGAUGCGGAACCACUCUGUGCUCUUCAGAGCAGAAUGCAAGAGGCUCAUCCAGGAUACUGACAAAGCGUGCAAACGCAUGCAAAAUGAUGACAACAAGCAACUAGAUCAGCGGGUCAGAGACAUCCAGUUUCUGAAGAAGGAGUUGGAGCUGAAGCUGGAGGAGAUUAUCCUGGAGAUCGAUGUCCUCAUAGAGUUGCAGAGGAGAGUGGGGAAAGCCCUGGGGGCCUGCAGAGAGCCUCUGAGGGUCACCGUGGUCUGUCUGGAGGAGAGAAUGAAACGUGUUCCUCCUGAGAGGCUCCAUGACGAGGUGGACAGAGAGCUGCUGAGGGAGAGGGGGGUGAUCGAGGGAGUGGCUUCCCUUCUGCACCGUGUAGCCGAGCAGAUCACUGAGCAGAUACGAUUGAAUCGAUCCAUUAAGUACCAUCUGGAGCAGGAUCUGAAGGAGAAGUUUGCAGCUCAGUGCAUCGACAACUCGUGUGCCUUAAUGACCACUCACUCCACCAACAACCAGCAGAGGCCCAAAAACACCCAAACUCUUCUGCAGAGCUUCACAGUGACUCCAGAGCAGUGGGAGAACAUCUCGGACAUCAACAUCGCCAAAGCAGAGCAGCAGCAGGUCAACUCUCUGUCCCUGAGGGCCAUGGUGGAGUCUCUCCUGGAGCAGACGCUGGCCGACAUGCAGAAGCAGUUCCAGGCCACCACAGAAACAUUUCAGCUCAACGUCCAGGAGAUCAAGUCUGCAAAGGGACUGAUGGAGGAUCAGCUGGCUAAGAUUCUGUCUGAGUUUGCCAGCGAGCAGAGGACCAGAGAGGACCUGCAGGUGGCCGUCUCAGACAGCGAGCACGUCCUGAGUUUGGCUCAGGCCCGGCUGGUAUUGCGCCGCCAGAGGCCGGGCAAAGAGCAGUGCCACGACCCGGCCCAGACCCAGCUGCUGGCCGAGGUGCAGCAGCUCAAUGCUCACAUCAACAGACUGCACGAGGCGGCGUCCCGCUCUGAGGAGCAGCAGAGGGCUCUGGUGCGCUGCCAGCUGGAGCUGCAGGAGAACAUCGAGAGGAAGGGCAGCUCGCUGUACAUCGACGAGGUCGUCUGCGCCCAACACAGGGAGCCCAUCAUCAUACAUAACUUCUGAACCACUGGAAAUUAUUGAAAUAAAGGUCACUUCAAAUAA